AUCAACUCCAGGGGAUUUGGGGCCCAUAAUUGGGCUGACGAUUUGAGGCCCAUAUUAUUUAUUUGGCCGAAAACAUGUUUUCCAUUGCCCAAGUCAUCAAUGACUUACAAAAGCUUCGUCCCCGUCAAGUAACCCGGAGACUCAUUUCUUCAUCCGCUCGGUUCCUCUACCAGCUCCGUUAGUGCGAAGAAGGAUAAAGGGAUCUUGGAAAAAUGGCGCCUGCAGCCGACAUAGACGAUGAGAUCAAGGACGAGAAGAACCCUAGGCCCCUCGAUGAAGACGAUAUUGCUCUUCUUAAGACAUACGGUCUGGGACCUUAUUCUACUAAUAUAAAGAAAGUUGAAAAGGAUAUUAAGGAGAUGGCAAAGAAGAUCAAUGAUUUAUGUGGCAUCAAGGAAUCUGACACUGGUUUGGCUGCACCUAGUCAAUGGGAUCUGGUUUCCGAUAAACAAAUGAUGCAGGAGGAACAACCUCUUCAGGUUGCAAGAUGUACAAAAAUAAUCAAUCCAAAUACUGAAGAUGCAAAAUAUGUUAUCAACGUAAAACAAAUAGCGAAGUUUGUUGUUGGAUUGGGUGACAAAGUUUCACCAACCGAUAUUGAAGAGGGAAUGCGAGUUGGAGUUGAUCGGAAUAAAUAUCAGAUCCAGAUUCCCUUGCCCCCCAAAAUUGAUCCAAGUGUCACCAUGAUGACUGUCGAGGAAAAGCCUGAUGUGACAUACAAUGAUGUUGGUGGAUGUAAGGAACAAAUUGAGAAGAUGAGAGAGGUGGUUGAGCUACCGAUGCUCCACCCAGAAAAAUUUGUGAAGCUUGGGAUUGACCCACCUAAGGGUGUUCUCUGCUAUGGCCCUCCGGGAACUGGGAAGACUCUACUAGCUAGGGCAGUGGCUAAUAGAACAGAUGCUUGUUUUAUCCGUGUCAUUGGCAGUGAACUUGUCCAGAAAUAUGUUGGGGAAGGAGCUCGGAUGGUUCGCGAACUCUUUCAGAUGGCACGCUCUAAAAAGGCUUGCAUUGUUUUCUUUGACGAAGUCGACGCGAUUGGUGGAGCAAGGUUUGAUGAUGGAGUUGGGGGAGACAAUGAAGUUCAACGAACUAUGCUUGAAAUUGUGAACCAACUUGAUGGCUUUGAUGCACGUGGGAAUAUUAAAGUUCUCAUGGCAACCAAUAGAUGGCACGCUCUAAAAAGGCUUGCAUUGUUUUCUUUGACGAAGUCGACGCGAUUGGUGGAGCAAGGUUUGAUGAUGGAGUUGGGGGAGACAAUGAAGUUCAACGAACUAUGCUUGAAAUUGUGAACCAACUUGAUGGCUUUGAUGCACGUGGGAAUAUUAAAGUUCUCAUGGCAACCAAUAGACCGGACACACUUGAUCCGGCAUUGUUGCGUCCCGGGCGGUUGGAUCGCAAAGUCGAGUUUGGGUUGCCUGAUCUGGAAAGCAGGGCACAGAUUUUCAAGAUUCACACGAGAACAAUGAAUUGUGAGAGGGAUAUCCGUUUUGAACUCUUAGCACGUCUUUGUCCUAACUCUACUGGAGCCGACAUAAGGAGCGUGUGCACGGAGGCCGGGAUGUACGCAAUCAGAGCAAGGAGAAAGACGGUGACAGAAAAGGACUUUCUUGAUGCUGUGAACAAAGUCAUCAAAGGGUACCAGAAAUUCAGUGCCACCCCUAAGUACAUGGUCUACAAUUAAUCCCCCCACCCCUCCCCCCUCCCUCCCGAAAGACUAGUCCUACUCUGGAAUUAUUGUUCUCUCAAUCUCUGCAUAAGGACAUGUACAUCAUUUUCCAAAUGUACUUGAAUUCCUCCUGUAUCUGCUUGUUGCACUAAUUAAAAUGUACUGCCUCUGCAAAGACAUCAUGUUAUAUUGCUUGUGCUUUU